ACUCCAAGCAUCGCUGGCAUCGCGGAGGUCACACUAUAGCAGUACAGCAUCUGGCCACCAGAGGGUGUUCGGGCUCUACUGCUGAUAGGAUACACCUGUCACUGGAUUUUGUUCUAAUAACACGAGGUUCAUUUAGAGGGCCACAGCAAGAGGUUUUUUUUUUGUGUUAUGAGAACAUUAUGUUAACCAUCACCAUGUGAAUGCAACUAGGUUUUGUCUGAUGGCGUUGUUACUUUAAGGAACCUCGAGGCCUGAUGUCACCGCUGCGCGCACCGGGGCUGAUCCAGCGGCAGUUUGAGUUCGAGCCAUGACGUCGACUCCGCAAAGCGCUCCCCUGGCAGACAGCGGAAUCUCACCGCGCUGGCGCAUACACUCGGGAACAGGUGGACAACAGCAGAGGCAACGAUGAAAGAUUCUCCUACACAAACAGUGGAGCACGAAGAAGACGCAUCUCCUGGAGAGGAGACUAUGGACCUGAGCUGGAAAGGAGCCACGCCGAAGGUGAGGGAGGAAGAGGAGGAGGAGAGGGAGGAGGAGGAGAGGCAGGAGGAGGAGGAGGAGGAGGAGCCCGGCAGGCAGACUGACCCUGAGGAGAACGACAGGGACGGCUCGGAAUCUGGGGGUCCAGAGGCAGCUGAGAGUCUUGUGAAGACAGAACGAGUGGACGACCAAGACAAAAGCGAAGACCAAAAAGUGGACGACCAUGAGCUGGACGGCCAGGUGAUGGACUCUGAGGACGCCGGGGUGGAGAAAGAGGACGACUCGGUGGACUACGGGGAAGAGGACAUGUUCAUCGACGCCCAGGACUCGCCCAUCAACUAUGCCAAAUACGACAGCCCCACGCCACCGGACGGCGGUGCCCUCGCUGGGUGGAAUGGCUCUCAGAGAGCUGGACAGGGCAGCAGCAAGCUGACCUGUGAUAUCUGCGGCCUGGCCUGCGUCAGCCUGAAUGUGCUCCUCGUCCACAAGCGCAGUCAUACAGGGGAGCGGCCAUUUCACUGCCAGCAGUGUGGAGCCUCCUUCACCCAGAAGGGAAACCUGCUUCGCCACAUCAAGCUCCACUCGGGAGAGAAGCCCUUCAAGUGCCCCAUGUGCAGCUACGCCUGUCGCCGGCGGGAUGCCCUCAGUGGACACCUGCGCACACACUCGGUGGAGAAGCCGUAUAAAUGCAACCACUGCGGACGGAGCUACAAGCAGCGCAGCUCCCUGGAGGAGCACCGGGAACGCUGCCAUGUCUACAUGCAGAGCAAGAGUGACUCCGAGAGGGCCGGCGACGAGGUCCGCAGCAACGGUGGCCGGGGCCAGGGCGGCGUGGAGAGGGCCAUCCUGCUGGACAGACUGGCCAGCAAUGUGGCCAAGCGCAAGAGCACCAUGCCUCAGAAGUUUGUAGGAGAGACCCCCGUGUGUCUGGACCUGUGCUUCAAGCGGGAGCCAGGGGUGCACCAGUCCGGCUCCGAUCCCCCUCGGAGCUCGACCACCCCCGAGGGCCUCCACGCCCACCCGCCGGACGCCGACCAGCCGCACCACAAGAGCUUCCCCCUUCAGCUCGCCGCCAGCGUCGCUCCUCUCGCCCUCACCAACGGCGGCAAGCUGGAGCGAGGGGUGCACCAGCCGAGCCUCCUGCCCCACCCCACGACUCCCCUGGACUCCCCCCAGCACCACCCCCACCCUGACGGGGGCGGUCCGCGGUCCCGCCAUGCCUCUGGCCUCCUGCACCACCAGCAGCAGCACCACCAGUCGCUGCCCUUCAGCCUGAACCACCUGCUGGUUCCCGGCGUGGCCAACACAGGGGGGCUCCAUUUCCCCCUGCACCCCCACCACCCGUCGCACCUGCCCCCCCACUUGGUGCACCAGCCGCCCCUGCCCCCUCCCCACGCCGUGCCCCCCCACGAGGUCCUGCGGGUGGUGCAGGGCAAAGGCGAGCCAGCGGGCGCCUACAUGUGCAGUCACUGCCGCGUUCUCUUCCUGGACUACGUCAUGUUCACCAUCCACAUGGGCUGCCACGGCUUCCGCGAUCCGCUCGAGUGCAACCUGUGCGGUCACCUGAGCCGCGACCGCUACGAGUUCUCCUCGCACAUCGCCCGCGGGGAACAUUACCUGGAGAUCAAGUGAAGUGGCGCCGGCAUAUGCAGAAAACACACCCGCACACACACACACACACACACACACACACACACAAGCACAAGCACACAAACACACACAUACCCAUACAGUACACAUACAUACACACAAAUAGUGUGACCGUUAAAACAUCGGCUUACCAGUUUUUGACCAGUGUGACACUUUUUAUGUAGAUAUGAUAUAGAUAUGAUAUAACAUAUCUGUAGAUAUUUUGAUAUGUAGAUAUUUUUGUUUGUCUGAUGGGACAAAAUACUGUUUGUCUACAUGAUUUACAGAAAUGUAAAGACUUGAACAAAAUACUGUUUGUCUACAUGAUUUACUGAAAUGUAAGGACUUGAACAAAUUUUCACACAUUACUGUAAGCAACACAGACACGUUUCCUUUCAUAUUGAAAUUUCAUGUUGAAUGUGCAGAAGGACUUCUAUUUUUGAUCUGAACUUUUUUCCUCUUUAUUGUAUUUCAAAAGCAUGUGUGUGCCCUGUGCACUGCACACAGACAUUCCCCACGAUGGAGGAAUUCGUACCAUUCAACAUUUCCCAAACCAAAGAACUGAAACACACCACUCCACAUGGUGUGCUGUUUUGAGUGCUGUGAUUUCUAUAUUGUUGUACGAGAAUGUUGCAUUACCUACAAAAACAAGGUGGGUUUAGGUUUUCACCGGAUUAUGUCUGUUUAUUUUACGGGGUACCUGUGCCCCAGAUUAGCCCCAGAUUAGCGUGGUUGAGUAUGACUUUUCAUACCAUGGGACACAAACAUGAAAAUAACUGACUGUAUCCAUUUAAUGCUGUCCAGAUGUAUUCUACUUUUCCUUACUAUAUUUGGCAAUAUUGUACAAGUAGAAACAUGAGGUGAGCUGUAGUCCAUUGCACUGGAUUAAUUACGCAGGAUUAAUUACGCAUUAAGGACCAGGGGCACUGCUAGAUAAUUUGGGCCCUAUGACAGACAAUAUAUAUAUACCGAUAAUCUAUAGUAUUAUUGGAGGGGCUCUCUGGGGGCCCCUGUCAGUUCUGGGCCCUUAGAAUCAUCCUAACCCCCUACCCCCCACCCCCAGCAGCGCCCCUGUUAAGGACAUAUGACUUGAUGGAACAAACUGUACAUUGUGUGUGCCUUAAAUAAUCAUAAAGAUUGAUCAUGUUUCUUA